AUGAAGUUCAUCACCGUGGCCUUGAUGGGUCUGCUAUUGGCUGGGAUGUUCACCCGGGAUGCCGACGCCAUCAGCCUGCACGUGUAUUCCUCCAAUUGCUGCUACGACUUUUUGAGAAAAAAGCUUCCUCUGAAGAACAUUCAGUGCUACAUAAACACUAGCUCCAGCUGCUCCUACGAAGCCUUCAUAUUGAAGCUGAAGAAUGGCAGAAAGGCCUGUGUUCUGAAGACAGCCAAUUGGGUUCAUGAAAAUUUCAGAAAGAUGAAGCCCUGCCCGAUAAAGGAAACAUGA